CUGUUGCCCCUGUUGCCCCUGUUGCCCUGUGCCGACCCUGGUCUUGGUCUCGGCUGCCACUGCACCGACCCUGGCAGUCCUUGGUUCCCAUCAUGGCUCGACCUCAACCCGCCGCCGGCUUCGUUGACCAAGAGCUUGCCCAGGCCCUCGACGAAUACUCCUUUGCGUUGCCCCGGAUCAGCCUGGCACUCCUGGAAGGUGUCGAUCUUGUUGUUUCAGUCUCCAAUGCAGGCUUUACGAUCAUCCAAGUCGAUCCUGCAUCCGCCGAGGACCAUUCACUGGCAGAGGCUCGACCAUUCAACGCAGACCCGUAUCUGCUCAAGACAUUCGAGAGCCUGGAUGCCCUGCUGAACGAAGCCAGUCCGCUCUUUCGCGGCAGAUUCCAGCAGCGGCUGUUUGCACGAUUGGCAGAAAUCCAAGACGAACAGAGCGACGGCAGCGACGGCAGCGACGGCAGCGACGGCGAUCGAGACAGGCCCUGAGACCACCGAUGCAGCAGGCCGUCGUCUGCAUCGAUAUGAUCAGUGCCAUUGCCAUUGCCAUUGCCAUUGCCAUUGCCAUUGCC